AUGGAUACUUUGGUGUAUAGUAUGGAGCUUGCUCAACAAUUUGGAGCCUCCCUUGUGUCUGAUCUCAUGCUGCCAGACCUGGUGACAUGGAACAGAGAGCUGAUCAAUUUCAUUUGUUGCCCGCCGUUGGCGCGUGCGAUUUUGGCAAUCCCAUUGCCUCUUGUUCCUCAUGACGAUGUUCUGUACUGGCCUUUCUCUCCAGAUGGUCACUACUCAACAAAGUCAGGGUACCAAUACCUUCAUCGUGGUGCUGAAGCUGCGGUUGCAUCUUCUUCUCAGGUGCCCUCUCUUCCGCGUGCGGAUUGGAGGAAGCUUUGGAAAGCUGACGCACUUCCUCGAUGUCGUGAAACGGGGUGGAGGGCAUGCCUUGAAGUCCUUCCGGUGAGGGCCUCCCUUUAUGCGCGCGGUUUGGUCCCUGACCCGAUAUGCCCGCGGUGUUUGGCAGCUCCGGAAACGACCCAUCAUGCUUUGUUGUUUUGUCCGACGGUGCAACCAAUCUGGUUUGCUAGAUCCCUUGGUUUUCGCCUAGCUCAUGAGUGCCGUGUGCACGAAUUUGUCUCUGAUUUUAUGCAGGUUGCAGAUGAGUCCAGCUUUGGAGUCUUUCAUACCCUGCUCUAUGCAAUUUGGAGUGCCCGUAAUGAGCUUUGUUUCAAGGACAAGGCAUCCACUUUGGAGCAGAUUCUGAAUCAUGCAUCUUCACUCACACCGCUGCCACCAUUGGAGGUUCCUAUGGUACCACAGCUUCACCUACCCCACGCUUGGUCUCGUCCACCACCGGGCACGUUCAAGUUAAAUUUUGAUGCGGCGAUGGCUCCUAAUGGUGACGCUGGUUUCGGUGUUGUAGCUCGGAAUUUUCGUGGCGAGGUUGCUGGCGUCCGCGUGCUUCUCGCAUGGUCCAGCAUCAUCUUCUUUGGUUGCAGAGGGGCUCUCUUUCUGUUGGGCUAUCGGUUUGGCUAUGGAGCUUGGGUUUCGGCGCAUUGUGUUUGA